AUGACGGAGCGUCUCGCUUCUUUGCCUCUUCGACUGAUCAUGUCGACUGAGAUUGAACCCAAUGCUAUGGUGGAAGUGGACUUCACCUCGCAGGAUCAAGAAUCUAGGGGUAUGCAACACUCAGGUCCUGCUACCACGAGUUCCAACGCACACAGUGCGAAAAGAACUCUCAAUACCCUUGUCCCGGAGUCCCCAGCCUGGACUGUUCGGUUCGAUCGUUUCGUCCAGCAACACCGCCUCGUCGUCUGGCUUUUCGGCGGCGUUAUCGCGUCCGUUUGCGGCCUGAUCAUCGGGUUUGCCUUGGGCAAUGCCUGGUAUGGCGUUGGAGCCUUCGGCCUAACCGGCUGGUACGUUAAAUGGCUCGAUGAGAUCUUGCAGGAUAAGCAGGCGGAUGACGGACCUGGCUCUGUAUCUGUUCGCAUCUUGGUCGCAGGGUGGACCAAGGCCGAGCGUGAGCAGGACAUUGCCGAUGCUGAAAUUGGCAUCAGCAGUUGGUCCAGGACUGGAGGCCGUGCCGGACCUCGUGUCUGA